CUUUGUCCUGACCCGUCCCUCUCAUAGACUCUCCGCGGCCUCCGUCAGUGAACAUGGAAGAGCCAAUGUGCCUGAUCGAGAACAACCCCAAUGAACAGCUGCGGGUCAACCAGGAAGCCCUGAAGAUCUUGCAGAGCAUCCAGCAGCCAGUGGUGGUAGUAGCCAUCGUGGGACUGUACCGCACUGGCAAGUCCUACCUCAUGAACAAGUUGGCAGGAAAGAAGAAAGGCUUCUCUCUGGGUGCCACCAUACAAGCAGAGACCAUGGGCAUCUGGAUGUGGUGCCUUCCUCACCCUGAAAAUCCUGACCACACCUUGGUGCUUUUGGACACGGAAGGACUGGGUGAUGUGGAGAAGAGCAACAUCGAGAACGACGCGUGGAUCUUUGCCUUGUCCAUUCUGCUUAGCAGCACCUUGGUCUACAAUAGCAUGGGUAUCAUUGACCAGUUUGCCUUGGAAAAACUGCAGUAUGUGACAGAGCUGACUAAGCGAAUCAAGGUAAAAGCUACAGCCACAAAGACCUCUGAGGAUGGAGAGGAGGAAAACAGUGACGACUUUCUCAGGUUCUUCCCAGCCUUUGUUUGGGCUGUGCGUGAUUUCACGCUGCAGCUGAAGCUGAACGGAUGCCCCAUCUCUUCCGACGAAUAUCUGGAGAACGCCUUGAGGAGGAAGAAAGGACAACCCAAGAAGCUAGAUCUUGCCAAGAAAUGCAUCCGCCAAUACUUCCCCAGCCGCAAGUGCUUUGUCUUUGACCGCCCGGCCGGAAGCCGAGACUUAUCGGAACUGGACGACCUGUCUGAAAAGAUGCUAAGCCCUAACUUUGUGGUGCAAGCACACCGCUUCUGCCAGCACAUAUAUGAAAGUGCUCAGCCCAAAAUGAUCGAAGGAGGACACCUGGUGACCGGGAUAUUGCUGGGGCACCUGGUGGUGACCUACGUGGAUACAAUCUCCAGUGGCUCCAUACCCUGCAUAGAGAACGCGGUGGUAGCCUUGGCGCAGAUUGAGAACACAGCUGCUGUGCAUGAUGCCAUUACAUACUAUGAAGCAGAGAUAGAGAAACACUUGAAGCUGCCCACUGAGACUAUUGAGGAGCUGCUGAAAGUGCACGCCCAAUACGAGAAGGAGGCCAUUAAAGUGUUCUUGGCUCGGGCCUUCAAGGAUGACGAUCACGACUAUCAGAAAGAACUUGGGGAGCGGCUGCAAUCCAAACUUUCCGAGUUGUGUUCUCGCAAUGAGCAGGCAUCGUUGGAUCGUUGCCAGGCGGUGCUCCUGGAGCUAUUCCAGGACCUGGAAGAGAAUUUCGGCAAGGGGACCUACUCUGUGGCUGGUGGUUACCUGAAGUUCCUGGAUCACCAGAAGGAAAAAUUGGAACAGUAUCACCUGCUGCCUGGGAAAGGGAUCAUGGCUUCCAAGGCCCUGGAAGAAUUCCUGAAAUCCAAAGAGGCAGCAGCACAGUCCAUUCUGCAGGCUGACCGGACCCUCACAGAAAAAGAGAAGGAGCUUGAAGUGGAGCGAGUCCGGGCCGAGGCUUCUGCACAAGAGGCUAAGCUGCAUAAACAAAUGAAAGAGGAGGCCAUCAAGAUGGCCCAGGAGAAAGAGCGGAGUUAUAAGGAGCAUGAAGCACAGUUAAUGGCCAAGAUGGAAGAAGACAGGAAGAAGAUGCAGGCUGAGCACGAGAUGGUGAUGAACAGGAAGCUAGAGGAGCAGAGGCGCCUUCAGAAGGAAGGGUUUGAGCAGGAAGUCGCAAAGCUUCAACUUCAGAUCCAGGCACUGCAGAAGACGGUGCAGAUGCAGAGAAAUACUUGUGGCCCCCGGCCUCGUCGUUGUGUAAUUCAAUGAAAACAGCAUCCCUGGAAGUGUCGAUGGGUUGAAUAAAGUGUCUAGAUUGGCCUCAGGACUGUGGAUGGGAGUGCAGCUAGGAAACCAGGGGAUGAACGGAGAUCUACCUUAUGUUACCAUUUAGCUGGUGUUUGCAGUCUGUUUGCGCACAAAGGAACCCCAACUCUGCCUUUUUAAGUCUAUUUCUAAGGGGUCAUCUACACUUCCACUUGAUCUGUGCCUAUAAAGCACAGGUCUGAGUGGUUUUCCAUUUGCCCCGCUCCUUUCCCAAGGAAAACCUGCUUUUUAGUUCUCAAUCGAAGCAAACAACAAAUCCAAAUUGCUGUUUGCACUGAUCGAGCACUAAAGAGCAGUUUCCCCCCACCCCCAGGACAAGGGGAAGUGUGGAUAAGCCCUAACAAAAGAGAAACAUGAAACAGACUGUGACAUGAAGACUCGGCCUUGGGCCAGUCACUGUCUCUCCGCCUAACCCAUGAGCGUAGCCAGGAUUGUUGCUGGGGGGGGGCAGGACCAAUGUGAUUGGUCAGCUAGUUAAGUAUUUCUAUUGUUUUAUUUG